ACUGAAGCACUGACUUAUGCUUCGAAUUGAAAAUUCGCCUAGUCACUGAAAAGUACAUUUUCAACAGAAAAAGGCCGGUAGCAGAAAAUUCGAGAAUAUCCCCCAGACAACCAGCUGUACGGAUACUUAGUUCACGAUGUCGGAUCGCAAGGCGGUAAUCAAGAAUGCGGACAUGAGCGAGGAGAUGCAGCAGGAUGCUGUUGACUGCGCCACACAGGCUCUGGAGAAGUACAACAUCGAGAAGGACAUAGCCGCCUUCAUCAAGAAGGAGUUCGACAAGAAGUACAAUCCCACCUGGCACUGCAUCGUCGGCCGCAACUUUGGAUCCUAUGUGACCCACGAGACGCGCCAUUUCAUCUACUUCUACCUGGGCCAAGUGGCCAUUCUGCUCUUCAAGAGCGGCUAAACGACGCAGGACUCCACAGAACACCUUUGUCAAAUGGCGCCCAACAUUGUUUUCCAAAAAAAAAAAAAAAAAUAGGCAGAACAUUGUUGCAGAGAUGUUUGAGGUCCCCUGGCAGCCAACAAGUUCAAAUGUAAACACACGCUUCCUGAUGUUUUUGUGAAUAUUUUUCCCCAAAUUCGAAACACUUCCUCCGUGGUCGCUAAACAAUUCUGAUAAUAGUUACAAUAAAUGCUUCCCUAUGUUUCUCCCGA